GUCAUCAACUCUGCACGAUAUUUCGGGAAUUUGUUCAUUGAUGAUGACCAGAUACCAGACCUCGAGAUUCUGCACUCCCAGGCCGGUUUGACCAACGACUGCUCUGCUGGAAGGUUCGAGGCCCCAUGUAUUCGUGCAAUUAUUACCGAACACCAACAGCAGUUGGAUGGAGUUUUGCGCGAAAUGUCAGGCCUGAAAACAGUCGUGGAUACUGUCAACAACCUUCACGAACAACUCGUCAAAAAGCAGGACAAGAUUACCCAGUCCAUGAAUUUGCAUAAGCGACUCAUAUCAUCUCUCUGGGGUCUGCCAACUGAAGUCCUAUCCCAAAUUUUUAUUUACUGCCUUCCGGAAGAUAGCCACCUAUCGCUCGCACAAAACCAAGCUCUGGUGCUAUUGACCAGAAUAUGCCGAAAAUGGAGGAAUGUUGCUGUGGACAUGCCCAUUUUAUGG